UAAGUCAGUAGCUCCACCCACUAACCACGGAAUGACGCGACGUUCAGCUUCGUUUACCGCCGCUCUCAACUCAAGUCAACUUGAACUUUAGCCAGCAGACGAAACCAAACCAAACUCCGUUUUUACACUCUCACCAAAAACCGUCGAUAAAAAAAUGACUAGAACCUGUACAGUAUGUGGAUGUAAGGACAACAAAUUCAGGCCACCGGGAGUUCGUUUUUAUAGUUUAUCUCAACGCGACCCUCAGCUCUGCACCCAGUGGCUAACUGCAUUAAAUUUGUUAGUUGACACACCGCCAACAGAUUACUCUAAAAUCAGAAUAUGCAGCCAGCACUUUCGUCAGGAGGACUUCGAAUACUGUUUUUCAGCCCAGUUUUUAGGAAGUGCGGUGUCACAGGCCAAAAAAUUGAAGCCAGGUGCGUUACCAAGGAACAUUGCAGUUAGCAACUCAACCCUGACUGAGUCUCCAUCAUCCACCCCUGGCUUCGACAUCGAUAUGGAAGAGAUGCCGACCACCUCCACGCCUCAGAGUGUCCCGCGGAGUCAGCAGAGAACCACUGGACCUUCAAGAAACCCAGCACUUACAGAAGAUAUGGAUACAAGCUUUUCCACUAUCGAAACUUUAGAAGCCACACAAACCACCUACAAACCAGACACAGACUGUACUUCUUCUGCCAGCAGUGUCACAGACGAGGGAACAGCACAGAUGUGCUGGCAGGAGAAAAAAGUUGUAGUCUCAGAGUCUAAGGUACUAGAACUGUUCAGAUUCUGCCAAACAUGUGCCACCAUCAUAGAAAAAAGAGAAGUGUCCUAUGUUGGGUCCCAGAUGAGGGUCAAGUGGGAGUGUGCAGAAGGUCACAGUGGAACUUGGACGUCAUGUCCCUCUGAACGUGGAAUGCCACAGUCUAACCUCCUCCUUGCUGCUGCCAUACUAUUUACGGGAAGCACAUUCACCAAGUUGGAAGAGUGGGCCAAACUCCUCAAUCUUCAGAUCUUUAGCAGCAGCACAUUCUAUGACAUACAAAACUCCUACUUGCAUCCAGUCAUUCAGGCUGAAUUCCCGGCAGGGAAAUUGUCCAUUCAGAGUUGGUCCAGGCGACUGAGACCACAAGCUCAGGGGCUAUGGAGACUGUUGCCCUCAGGCGCGGAUUGGACCAUCUACUUGACAACAGCCUACAUGUGGAGGUCUUGGCAACUGAUCGUUCCACAAGUGUCAAGAAAAUAAUGCGCGAGGAAUAUGAAGAGGUCGAUCAUCAAUUUGAUAUUUGGCACACUGCGAAGAAUAUCCAAAGCAAAUUGAUAUCCAAGUCCAAGAAGAGGGGAUGUGCAGCAUUGAAACCUUGGAUCCACUCAGUCCGGAACCAUCUCUGGUACUCUGCUGCCAAGGCAAAAGGAAAUGUAGAGACACUGAAGUCGACGUGGAAUUCAAUUCUGCACCACAUAAUCGACGAACAUACAUGGACUGAAGGAGGGACUGAGCGUAGCUGUCAUCACCCACCUCUCACCGAUGAAGACCGGGAGAAAAAAAUGUGGCUGUGUAAGGACAGUGAAGCAUAUCAGGAGCUGGCUAGAAUAGUCCUGAACACAACACUCCAGAAGGACCUAGAAAACAUGGGGCGUUUCAAACACACAGGUGCCUUGGAAGUAUUCCACAGUUCCCUCUUGAAAUAUGCUCCAAAGAGACAGUGCUUUUCCUACCAGAGUAUGAAGCAGAGAACAAACUUGGCCAUCAUGCAUCACAAUGAGAACCUGACUCAGAAACCAAAGCUGGACUCAGAAG